AUGCCUCCUCCGUCGAGACGUCUCCUCAUCUUCCAGGAGGCGCGCAAUCCGCAAAACUCCGCUGAGCUCGUGUACGUGCCCGUCAACAAACUGGGCCUGCCGAUUUGCGGCAGUGGACCGGAAUUGCCGUCCAUUCUGGAGCUGCCGUUGCGGAUUUUGAGGGCGUUUACGGAUAUCUUUAAUCAGCCGAAGUAUAAGGGGUGGGCGCUGGUAGGUGCUGGACCAUAUCAUGAUACUUCCGAAGAAGGGAAGUAUUAUGCGGUGGUGCUCGAGCAGGUGCAGGAAGUC